GACACCUCACCUGGCACUCUCAUUACCUACUGUCUAAUCAGAUGAGAGACAAGUCGAUAGUUGCACCUUCAAUACCAGUCGCCAAUUGGUACUUUCAUUCAGGAUGGACCGAUACAGAACGCUCUCCGUGUGGAUUACUUUAUUGAAUGUGGUGGCAAUGUCGCUCUGUAAUAAGUCAAAACAUGAAUCUAUUUCUCAUCGGUAUUCUAUGUCCUUUUCGAUCUUCAGUACAUUUUGGGUCUGAAGAAGACGCACCUGUUGACCAUAUACUGAUUAUUCUCUCAGACAACAAGUCUGAUAAUCCGAAGCGAAUCCGAUCCGGAAAGCCCUCGGUUAAAGGCGAAGACUUGGUGGAUCAGGCUGGAGAAACAUAUUUAUUUAUCGAUAUCACCGCGGACGGUACAGCAACACCACAACAGAUUGAUACGAGCCACGGACCCUUUGCGGAUUUCCGGGACAACAUAUCGAUGGAAUUUCAAAUGAAGCUGAUUGAACAACUGCUUGUAGACAGCCUAUCCCUCUAUCAACGCUCAAAGAAGUUGGCAGAAGAGAAAGAAGUGCAUAAAAUUGUCGUUGGGCAUGAACUAAUGGAGACCGCUGAUAAACUCAAGUUACGUGCAAUUAGCCUACUGAGACGCUUGAGCAAAUCGAUAGUGCAAAGAGAUGCGCAGAAUAACGUGCGCUUCAGUGAUGCUUUGGAAAAACAACACCUUGCUGUGCUUGAUCAGAUUGAGGAUUUUGUAUAAACGUUUGAUUAGCG